CAUUUGUUUCAGGUUGUUUUAGAGGAGGGAGAGGGGAGCGCCGCCCCCGAAACUUGUCCCCCAGGCCAUGGUGCCCGAUCAUGAUCCCCGCCUCGCCACCCACCCCAACAACAUGUCCAAGGAGGCGGAGGUGCCACCCGAGCAGUUAGAACCAGUGGACUUGAGUGUCAAGACCAAGGACGACCAACUAGCUGAGCCCCAGGUUGGUCCUAACCAUGUCCAGCCGCUCCCGAAGCUUCCUGCAAGUCCUUCGGUCCAUGUCCGACAACCUGGACCCCGGGGCCCACCGCUCAGGCUACCACCCUCCUCUAAUAACAACCAUAACCCGCACCCUGAGUACCAUGGCCCUCCUAGACCACCCUCGGGGCCAAUGGAAUAUAGCCCAGUUAGGGUGUCCGUUGAGAAGACUCGGAGGCCGCCGGCAGACGAACGACUGCCGGUUAUAAGUGACCACAGAGUCUCGGGUGUCCAUAUCCAGAAGAUGCUGUGUGAGCGAGUACAAAAAAUGUCAGGUGACAGAGAGUCAAGUGAGCGGUUGCUGAUGCCUCUAAUUGACCCCAUAAAUGCACUCUCAGGUGACCUGAAGGUGUUAGAUGAGAAAGUUCAAAGAGUGCAGUGUGAUAGAGUACCGAAAGUAUCCGGCGAUAACAUACAUAAACUCUCUGAACAGCGGGUCACCUCCAAGCAUACGGAGUGUGACACGUCUCCGCCAGUGAAACAAAUGCCUCGUUAUACAAAAUGCUCCGUAGAGGCUCGCGUGUCGCCCAAACCUUCGGUGACAUACACCAUGACUGCAUCAUCCACGACACAUACACCGUCUUCUUCAGCAGUGACCGUCCCACAAUGCUUGACGGUGGAGCCCCACCGGGCAGUCGUCACCUCCAGUUCCACCUUCGCUAGUACAAGAUCUCCUAAACACUCCCCUGACCACAGCGGCCUGGGGUCCCUCGACCUACCCGGCCUGCACAUGAGCCUACCCCUCCAGAGCACCAGCUUCCCAUGUAUAAGCCCUGAGGAGUUGGUGGGCACCAGCGGCUCUCCCCUCCGGAGCAGUGACCCAGCUUUCCUCCUCCACAUGUCCAGAUUCCCCACCACCUUGCCACUGCCACUCGGCUUGGAUCUCACACUCAAAUCUGAGUUAGGUAAGAAUCCAAUGGACGCUCUCAACAUAAACCUGGAGAACGCUUUCCAAAACGGCAGUUCUCCCCUCCUGUCCUUGCAGAGAAUACGCGAAGCCUCAUUAGUGUGGUACGGGAAGCGGCCGUUUUGUGAGAGUCCCUCUCCGCCGCCCCGCUGUGCCUCGUCGGGAGGUCAUCUGGCCUCUCCUUCACCUCAAACUACAACUCUUACCUCAUCUACCAUCUCAUCAUCCUCGUCCUCGCCGUCACCCUCGUCGCCACCAGCAGUAGCUCGGCCCACUGGUCGACCUCCUCCACCUCCAGCAGAUUACUCAGACGCUCUUCGAAGGCGAAAAGCUCAUCGAUGUGACUUCGAAGGUUGCGAAAAAGUCUAUACUAAGAGCUCUCACCUCAAGGCCCACAAGCGCACACACACAGGAGAAAAGCCGUAUCACUGCACGUGGGACGGCUGUAAGUGGAGGUUCGCGAGGUCUGACGAGCUGACACGCCACUACCGCAAACACACGGGCCAGAAACCCUUCAAAUGUCAGCUGUGUCAGCGGUCCUUCUCGCGGUCAGACCACCUCUCUCUCCACAUGAAGAGGCACUGAAGAGAGCAGGGGAUUGUCCCAGUGUUUAGAUCUCUUUUAUACGAACUGAUAAUGUGAGGAAAGUGCCAGAUGUUUCUCCACUAGGGUUCAGGUCCUCCACAUCAUGAGGCAUUGAGGUGGAUGGAAACAGUGCCAGGUACGCCACUGAGUCCUUACAAACAAACUGAAGGCGGGUACAGCUGAAACAGCGCAGCAGCCGGCUGAUGACACACUUGGGCUGUUACUUCUCUCUGUAGCGUCAGUGAACUGUUUUUUUGGGAGUUACUUCCAUCACAGUUCUGUUGAGUCAAACUUUCCUACCUGUGAUAGGUGUCGCCUGCUGGUGAAAAUUCCACGGAGAAAAAGUUACUAUCUUCGAUUCUUUGGGUAAUCAGUAUGUAAAUUCAUCAUCAUCUCGAUUAUGGCCGAGUAGUAACGUGUUUGGAUUCCCUUCAAUCAUCACACCACAUACUUGAAGCAUAUUAAGGACUGACUAUUAAACGAUCUCAGAAACUGUAACAGUUUGUUCAUAGUUGAUAAGAUGUUUACUUUACAGUGAGGUACAACGGAUAUAUAUAUUUAUACACAGUCACUAUACCAUAUUUCCUUGGAGGUUCGUCAUGCUUGGGGUCUUUGCAUUAUUCCACGAACUUCAGUCAGUAUUAUCUGCCAGUCAACAAUUCCUCCUCCCUGACUAUGAUCACUUGGCAAAGACAUUCAUAGAUGACGGAGAGCGAGAGGCCAGUCAGUGUGGCGUGGAGCCGCGGGAUGGUCCAGCAGAGACGCGGCCCAGUGGGUGGCCUCAGCCGGUGACAGUAUCUUAGCAUAUCACUUGAUGGCGGUGACACCCACAGAUGGACCAAAGGAGUAUAUCAAACUACAUCAGCACAUACCUACUUAUAUACUAUCUAUAUUCAUUAUAUUCCUGCAUUUUUGGGUGUUAUUGUCAAUCUCCUACACAAUCCCAUCAUAUCAAUUGAUAUUUCAGAACACAAGACUAAAUGUAACAGAUUCUAGUUAUGUAUCGAGCGAGCGAAGAGAGAAAAAAACCCUAUAUAUUUUGUAACAAUGGUGCUACUAAUGAAACAUAAAUAUAGAAAUAUUCAAUAUCUUGUGUUACAAACAACCUGACGUCUCUCAACAAGUAAGAGUUUCUAUUUUCUUACUCUCAAGUUUUUUUUAUAUAUUUUUAUACUGCCAUAUAUAGCAAUAUCUCAAGUGGUUGUCUGUGAUCGCGUGUCCACAUGUUCGUAGGUUUAAGAGCUUCUAUGUUGUUAUUAUUUCGAAUUUUAAGUAGUUGUGUGUGCAGAUUACUUGUUAGAUGUGACUAUGGUGUGGUUGGGUAGUAAAGGGUGGUUGAAGGUAUUAAUAUAUAUGUAACGAGGAGUCGUCUCCCACAUCCUCCUCCUCCUCCUCGUCUUGUAGCGGACGAUUAACUCUUACUCUCUCGCUGCUGGCCUCAGGUGUUAUCUCUUCCUCCGAUACCAACAAGUAACGUAAUUCAAGGUGAAGUAUGGAGGUUUGUGUCCAUGGCAUCCUUGGAGCUGUUGACGGAACAACUUGUCAGCUAAACUUAAAUUUUAAUAUCAACACGGGUCUUACUUCUUAUAAGAAUAUAAUCUCUAAAACCAUUCAAAUACAGCGUAAUGUAAGUCUUGUGCCUCGAGAUUACACAGUAGGAGACGCCAGAGGUAAAAAGAAGCCCACGAAAACAAACCUAAACCUAUACUGUUGUCCUUCAACCUAUGAUCCUCUUAUUAUAUAAUAUAUAAAGGUCUGAACAAGGUACUCGACAAAUGCAUCAGAAAAUAGAUUACUUUUUUGGUGGACUUAAGUUUUAAGUUUUGUUAAGGGUUUCGUUAAUAUAGGUUGUUCAUAAAGCUUUCAUGGUAAUGAAACAAUUUACAUUAUAUUCACAACAUAACGACCGUAGCUACUGACGGCCAUCAGUUUCUCUCACCUGACCACAGGGUGUCAUACAGGUCGAUGAUGUUAUAGACACAAAGUUUCAUAUCACCACAAUUUGUCAAAGGCACGAGGUGCCAUACAGGUAAAAGGUAUCAUAUAGACACAUGGUGUUGUACAGACACAAGUUGCUACGCAUAAAGAAGGUGUCAUUCAGACAAGGUCUCGUAGAGACAAAGUGUCUUCCAGACACAAUGUGUCAUGCAGACAAAGUCUCAAAGAGACAUAGUGUCAUACAAAGUCUCAAUGAGACACAAAGUGUCAUACAGACAAAGUCUCAAAGAGACACAAGGUGUCAUACAGGCACAAGGUGGUGUGGGAGGGGUGACUCUUGCCAGCAUUGUCCUCGAGCAUUUGUGUCUUUCUCUUCAUCUUCUUCCAUGUUCACAAAGAGUACAAAUAAUUUCAUAUUUCUUUUCAAUUUGUAAAUACAUCAUCUUACUUCUCAAAUAUGUAAAAUAAAAUAAAAAAUCUUUCGCACUUUUUUCAAGAGAGUUAGAUAAGCUCUCACACUCAAGUGGUUGUGACUACUUCCCCCUGGUGACGCCUGCUGUGUGGGUGGUUACCUGAGUGAUAGUGGUGGAGGGAUCACAGCGCUGCACCAGAGAACAUAUCUUAGUGUAGGAUACUGUAACGGGACUCUGGGUAGAGGAUAUUUACUGCUUGUCCAACUUGAUGGUGGGGACAUAAAUGAAGGUGAACGGAGGAUGGUAUGAAACUAAAUUUUUACUUUUAACAAAUCUUUGUUUGUUGAUGGCAGAUGAAACAUCAGUUAAAUGACAAACAAAUACAAAAUGGGAAUAAAGAAAGAUACUGAACGACAGAGGAGUGACUAUCAAGAAGUAGUCUGGCUUCCACAGUAGUGCGAGUGAAGGAGCAGGUGUGUGUUAUCCCCUCACUUGUACUAUAGACCGUCACCCUUAACGACAACAUUUAUGAAGACAAGGAACUUUCUAGAUUUUUUAAUUGUGUUGGCCGAUGAGAUUAUUAGGAAAAAAUAGCAUAGGCAGCUGUUGGUGCUGAAGAAACCCCUGGUGAUCUUAUACAUAAAAUGGUGUUUGUCUUUAAACUUCAGAACCAGGCCAUUGUUAUUGUUCAUUCAUCACAGUGAGGGUUAUAUCAUAGCUAGGACCAAGUUAGAGAAGUUUUGGUGUUUGAGUUAAAUAUAUCGAGGUGGUGUGAGGCUGUAUCAAUGGUAAAAUUCCUCUAAUACACUGCUGCGUCAUAAAAACGUUCGUAUUCACCAAGCGUUUCUCAGUGACGGCAGCUGCUGGCGGCUGUCCUGUGUCACUGAUGUGUGUUGAUGAUGCCAGCUGGAAGGGAACAGGUUCGCAUGACAAGUAUAUGUGUUGGUCGCAGCCUCACACACCGUAAACGUCAUCAACUGGACGCAAACAUAUUACCCAUAGAACACAGUGACGAGGUUCUAAAAUGCAUCAAUUGUUCUAAACAUUAUCUUGACGUCAUUUUCUAGUGUUUUCAGGAAAAUGCGAUAACUAUAGAAUUCAUUUCCUAAGGAAUUUCUUAUUUCAACCCGAAGCGAGGCACCUUAUUGUCAGACAGGAGCUCACGAGGCUGCCUCUUAUAAUAGCUCAGUGCCAUAAAAAAACAGUGAAUCUCCCUGGUAAACAGUUGACUCGCAAUAACUGUAGGUCAAUGUGGACAUCAAAUACCGAAUCAAAUUUAGGAAAAUAACUCAAAUUAUACCUGAAACCGAAUAUUAUUCAUCUUAAGUCACCCACUCGUAGGCGUGAAGAGUAAAUACAUAAAAGAUAAGUUAAAAUAUGUGAAAAACUGGGACACAAUUUUCAUUUGUAAAUGAUUAGAAUUCUUAAUAUGACAUCCUCGUCACUGUCAUUUACUUCUCCGUCAAUUUCCCUCCAAGACGAUACUACACGUAAGUCUCUAAGAAAGAAUAUUUCCCCGUCAGCGAAGCAAAGUUUUGCUGCUCUUCUCAAGCGAUGUAAAGUGGAACACUUGGGAUUUACCUUUAUACCUUCUCUCUCUUCGCUCUCUUCUCUUUCUCUUUCUCUUAUCUAUGUGUGAUAUAAACGUGGCGGAAAGUUAAGGUCUCUCGUCCUUUGACUCAUCAGAGUGAUGUCCCUUCACCCCUCCAUCCCCUCCUUCCUUCACCCCUCCAUCCCCUCCUUCCUUCACCCCUCCAUCCCCUCCUUCCUU